AUGGGCGAAGACGACACCAACAACCAUCCGGACACUUCCGCGUCCACUCCAAACUCGAACAGUGCAGCACAGAAUAACACCAAGGCGGCGAAGGAUCGCAGUUGCCCUUUCUGUGGACAGGCCUUCACUUCCUCGAGUCUCGGGCGACAUCUGGACUUGUAUAUCAAGCCCAAGAACCCCAAACCGGCAGACGGAGUUCAUGAUGUGGAGGAAAUCGAGAAGAUACGGGGAGGGAUCACAAGAAGGCAGCCUAGAACCAGUAUAAAGAAUUCUGGUGAUGGGCAGAGUAGUGGUGGAACGAGGGAUAACAGCCAUACACCUGGACACGGCAGCGCUGGCCGGCACGCGCAUGCAGACUCGACAAUCGUCGCAGAUAGCCCUGUCAUCUCGCCUGUGAAUGCAGACAAGAUUGACUCUGGCCAGACGUUGCUGAACCAUGCCAACUGGCAAGCCACGGGAGUUAUCAACAACCUCCCGCCGAGGGCACCCUCGAGGAACGAUGGACCAGCGACAGGACAAGCACAGCGCAUAAACGAGAUGCGGCGCGAUACUGGCGGCAACAAGAUACAGCGGCCAGAGUACGAGAGCGAAGGCAUGUGGAAGUUACAAGAAGCUGCGGAGUUGGGACGAGCAGCAGAGAUGGCUCUGCGUGAGGUUCUUGGGAGUCUGGAGGCGGCGCAGAAGAAGACAGAGUCGAAGGCUCUGUUCGAAGAUUUCGACUUCUACUCGCUGUCCUUCCCUGGCCUAUGUCUGGCCAUACUUCCUCCACCAACUACGCUGUUCAGUCCGACGCCGUUUCCAUCCGCAGAGUCUUGGACGUUGGGGCCUCCUGGUUUGAGGCAGUUUGAGGCGAUGACACGCUUUGUUAAUGAAAAGUUCAAUGACAAGAGGAAGAGGGAAGGUGCACUGGACUCGGUCGCGUUCAGGCAUCACAGCCAUCUUUCCGGAGCAUGGGAGCAUUGGCAAAACAUGUCGGAAGCAGAUCGCUCUUCUGCCUGGACCUUGGAGAUCUUGCGAUCAUUCACUCGAGGACAGGAGCAAAGGCGACAGCUACGGACUGAGCUAGAGCGCUCCCAACAACGCGUACGCCACCUCGAGGCCGAGUAUGACCGACUGUCCCGGUGCCAGUUGCCCAGAGAAUACCUUCUCCACCCACCCAACACAGUUCAAAUACCUCCAAACGUGAUGCGAGAGGUAAAGCCUUCCCAAUUCAAGUCCGACAUAUCAGAGAUGGGCUUCGAUGCAGAAGCUCUGUUGUCGAAGUGGCGCUCUACCAUUAGAGCCACGGCACGACCUUCACGCACAGCUCAACAGACGUCUGGUACUCCCAGCAGCGCCAUAUAUAAUGAGCAAAGCACCAACAGCUUGCGCGACGACAUGGUCAUGAACGGCUCGAUCUGGAACGUAAACGGACCGAUCCCUCGUCAACGGCCUUCGCAUACAGAGACGAUUGGACAAAUCGACUCCGUCAGCUAUGAGACACCUCCCAACCCAGGCGCUGUCGUGGAAGGUGCUGAUGACGAGGAGGGCAAUUCAAAUGCAGAUGCUGAGGGCGAAGCUGAAGAUGAAGCAGCUGCCUUUGGAAAUUACGCUGAACAGAACGCUCUGAUGAGAAGGCAAGACAUGCUCGGUAAUGGUGGGCUGAGCAGUGUCAUGAAUGCGAACGGCAAGCGACCCCUGGCGCCCAGUGGCGGGCGGAGUGGCACGAAGAUGUACAAGAUAAGCAUGGAAGAUAAUGAGGGCUAA